GAGGUGCUGUGAAUUCGUUGCGAAAGCGCUACUGCGACUCGCGUGUUGAGCGACAUAAAAACGUCUCGUUCUGCUUUUUCCUCCCCAAAGCGCAGAAGCAAUGAUUUAUGGCGAAACUAUUUGCGAGCAGCAGCCGCUGCCGCGCGGAGCAAUACAAAAUGGCGGCCGCUGGUGUGCGUUGAUCACUGCGCUGGCGACUGUGUUGCUCGUAAUGCGGUGUUUUUCUUGUUGCGCUAGACGCCUUCUGUCGUGACGCGAUGCACUCACCUUAACGCAAACAUGAAGAAGAUCUUCCUGAGGCCCGUCGAAGGCGGACAAAAGACGGUGGAGCUUAAAAUCGGCAAAACCAUCAUUGGCCGGGGCCCUCUUCUAGAAUGCAGCGACAAGAAGGUUUCCAGAAACCAUGCCGUAUUGGAAGUCAACGAAGACGGCGAAGUCUUUCUCACACCUACCCAUGUCAACCCCUGUUUCUACCAAGUGCAAGGCAAGGGGCCGUCGAAAGUUAUGAAGAAGGAUAAACAGCAGUUGCUCCAGUCUGGUGAUUCCAUAGCACUGCUGCCAAACAGCUAUAAGUACAUUGUGGAAAUAAUCAACUCAUCAUCAUCGUCAUCAAUAUCACCAGGCAUAAAAGAGUCCCAGCCCGCAGACGAUGCCGACAACAAGGACAGCAUUGCGGAGAAGCCAGCCACAGCAGUCAUCCCCUCCGAGGAAGCACGGAAAAAUGGCAGCGCCGAGGAGAACCACCACUCGACGACGACUGUCGUCACAAAGACGGAAAACGGGGACCGGGGGAGCUCGAAAGAGGCCAGUCCCGAGGCAGUCUCCAAGGCGACACCGGCGGCGAGAAGGGCGUUGGUGGUGCCCCCGCACAAGGGUGAUGACGGGGUGAGCAAGUCAUCGACAGGAGGCACGAGGACACUGCCACGCUGGCUGUUAGAUAGCGCAGCGAAAUCGGCGACGACAGCAGCCAGCGAAAAAGCCAAGGCAUCGAGUGCACAGAAGGACAAGAAAACCACCGCUGAAUCAGCAACUGCAGCAAAGGCCGGGCGUGCAUCGGGCAAAGAGCCGGCCACAAAAGCUCGCGGACGGCAAGCCAAGGAAUCUGAAAGCGAGGCCGAGGAGGAUAAGCCCAACCAGAAGUCUGAAGAUGAGGCAGAGGAAGAAGAGGAGGAGGAGGAGUCUGAGGAAGAGUACACGCCCAAGAAGAAGCAGAAGAAGAAGCCGGAGCAGGCAGAGCGGCGCCCCGUCACGGCUUCCAGCGGCAAUCGGAAGGGCAACCGGUCUUCAAGACAAAACCGUGGACUCCUGCAGAAAAUCUCUCUCGAUGAUUUCGUUGCGAGCGACGAUGACGAGUGGGACAACAGCUCGGACGAGUGGAAGCCGAAGAAGCGGCGAAAACAGGUGGACGAUUCCGGCAGCGACUGGGAGGAGGAGAACCGUCGGACCAAGAAGACGCCACGCUUCGCGGCCUCGGACAGUGACUCCGCCAGUGACUGGGAGCGUGCAAGUCGUCGGAAGAAGCCCGCCACGAGGACACGGAACAGGCGGAAGAGAUCAACGUCGGAGAGUGGCAGUUCUGAAGAGAGUCAGAAGGCUCCUGUCAGGCGAGGCCAGAGGCGGCAGCCAGCAAAGCGACCCAGCUGCAAGUACGGCAGGAAGUGUUUCAGAAAAAACGCGCAACACUUGAAGCAGUUUAGCCACCCCAAGGACUCCGACUUCGAAGGUUCCUCGGGAGACGAGGAUGAGGACAGAGACGAGGAAGAGACCAAGGACCAAGCCGACAAUAGUGACGCCGAGAGUGGAAGUGACCGCGGCAAGAAACAAACCAAGCGACCAUCCGCCACUUCCCCAAGCAAAAGGCGUGCUAAGCCACGGGAGGAAGAGAGUGACGACGAAGACGAUGACAAAAGCGGGGACGAGGACGACAGACCCAUGUGCCGAUACGGAAAGGAGUGCUUCAGGAAAAACGCCCAGCACUUGAAAAACUUCAAGCACCCACCUGCAGCCAGUAAAAAGAAAGAACCUGCAAAACAGGCGAGCAAGAAAGCUAAGUCCCGAGGAAAAACCAAAGGCUCGUCUGAAGAUGAAGAGGCGGAAGAGGAAGCAGCAUCGGGCGACGAGUACGAAUGGAAAGAUGAUGACGAUGCCGCCAAGAAAAGCAACGAAGAAGGCAGCAGCAGCGAACAAAAGAAAGCAACGCCUACCAAGCGGAAACGUGCCGCAGAGCGCCUGGCCGCUUCCGCGGCUGACGACUGAGAGUGCCCCGGAUACACUGUUGUGGUGUGAGUGGUGUGCCCCUGUGUGUAGCUCCGCAGUGUUCUCUUGCAGUUACUUUUUUUUUUUUUUUCCCCGCCUUGCUUCCUUUUUUUUGUUCAUCCAAUGAAGUCCUGCGACAGUCACGCUUCUUCAGUGGUGGUGUAACGUGCUUCUAAUGUCUGCCUGCCCUGUCUACCUUACCUGCCUUCACGGUCUUGCGUAACGGAACUUGUCGAAGUUAGUCCUUUGCAAAGUUUGGACCAAGGAAGUGCCCCCUGCAUGGUUGAUGAACUUGUGCUUCGGAAGAAGAAGAAAAUGAUGCAAGCAUUCAAGCGGUAACAUUGUUCACAUCUGUCUAUGCUUUUUUUUUUUUAUCAUUUUCAUGCCCUUGCUUGUAUCAUAGCUCACCAUUUUCUAUCCUCUUUAUUUUUUUAGGUUCGAGUUAUCAUCCGAUUUGUUUUGCUCACCCAUUGGUGUUUCUAAGUUCACAUCAAUAAAAGUUUAUUAUAACUUUAGAAGGCCAUCAUGACUGUUCAAGGUUUGCUCGCAGUCAGCUAGUAAUGGAACCAUUGUGCGAUUGCUUGCCAGGGUGGUUGUGGCUAGCCUGGUUGCAUAGGCAGGGGUCUUCUAAAGUCAAACCUUGAUAUAACGAGUCCGGAUAUAUAUAAUGAAUUAUGUAAUGAUAUAGGUAAAUAAAAAUGUUUUUUCCCAAUAUGAGCAUAUAACAAAUACAGUGUAGACCACUUAUAACGUAACCGCUUAUAGUGCAGGACCGGAUAUAGUGCGGUCUUUUCAGACUCCCAUUAAUUUUCCCAUAGCACUCCAUGUAUACACAUAUCGCUUAUAGUGCAGUUGCGGGAAACGAAAUACCGGUUACAGUGCGGCUGCCUGGGAGUACGGAAGUCAGCGGAGACUGCGAAUGCUCCCCUCAAACGGGCGCCCCAAGGAGUGCUCGAGCAAGAAAGAGAGAUGAAGUGGAGGAGAAGGGCACGUAGUGCGAACGAACAGCCAGUGAGGCUGAAACCAGAAUCUUGAGUGCGAGUCGUGAAAUAUCACGGCGCGCAUAGCGAGCGAGCGCCACGAAACUGCCAACGCCGGCCAACGCUCGCUUCACGAUAACGGCAGUAAACGAAACUUCAGGGGGUGGGCGGCGCCGGCACAUCACGGCGAAGGGCGCACGCAGACACCGUGGAAUGCGAGGGAGGAGGGUGGCAGGGAAGCGGAUUUCGCCUCCCUCGUAGCUCCCUCACUUUCGACUGUCACCGUGCGCGCCCGCCGCCGUCGCGCGUGUAGGCGCCGCCGCUCCAGCCGGCCCGGCGCCAGCUCCCCGAAGUUUCGUUGGCCGGCCUGGGAGAGCGCCGCUGCUUCCCUCUGCGCCGUAGCCGCAGCGAGCAAGGUCAACACGUGACUAGAAAGUAGAGGAAGCAUAAAGGAGAAAAAAGGGUUCACUGCCAUUUUGUACGCGUGGCUACGGUAGUGUGGCUGAGACGCGCGCGACAUUGAGGGGUCUCUCCUAAGCUUUUACUCUAUGGCGGUGCCAGAGCAAUUGCCGGUCGGAGGUGCCGCCGCGUGGAUUAUUUCGAAUUAGCGAGAUUUGACUGUAAAUUGAAUGCAAACGUUCUAGCCGCAUUCCUCGACUGUCGCAUACGCGUGGCGGCUCGGUGCACAUGUUUUGCAUAUGUGCGGGCCUUGAAAAUUGUUGCUUUGGUUAUAGUGCGGUACCGCUUAUAGUACGGAUAUUCGCGACUCCGGCGACUUACGUUAUAAGCGGUCUACACUUUAUUAGAUAUGAUAACCGUAUUUCCAUGUCGGAUGUACCAGCCCUGUGGAAUACAAAUCUCUUCAUGUCUGCAGCCAUCAUUAACAUGACAAACAAGGCUAGUUAGUCUUUGUGUUUCAAACUUCACUGCUCAGCAUUUGCACAUAAAGCAACUGUUACAAUCAAGGAUGACAGACGUCUUUUAGCAGAGAGUUUCAGCCAAUAUGCUGCGUACAUCUCAUCAUUACUGUUUUACUGGUAUACUGGGACAGAUUUGCAGACAGCAGUGUGGGUGGUGACACCUUGUGGCACCUUGCUCAGCUAAACUGGAUGGGAAUGGGUGCAUCCUAUAUCAGCGUACUCUUGUCUGGCGGUGUAAAGGUUCUCGUGGUGAUGCAAGCUUCCCAAUAUCGUACUUUUCCCUCCCAAGAACCAUCGUACAACAGAACAGUGCAGUCAAUUCUGGUUUGCACACACUGGCACUACAUGUCAUCACCACCACUACUGUUCACGUUCGCAUCUUAAAACUGCAACACUAACACGUAUAACCUUCUGGCUGAAACUCCCUGUGGUAACCCUUGCUUUACGUUUAAUUCUGACAUGCACAGUGAACUUUUAGAAAUAGGUGGAUCUUCAAAGUUAUAGGAUGUUCUAUGACGUCAAAUGUGAUGCCUUGUAGCCUUGCGGGCUGGUCAGUCUUUCUAAAAGGGUCCAUCCUGAGAGCAGGUUUGCCACAUUUUCCGAAUUCCAAGGUUGAGAAUGGGAAUCGCUGUGGUCAAAUUUGAAAUAUGAAAAGCAUUACAGGAGCAGACAAGUUCAAUAAGUGUUCCAUGAGGAUGGACAGCUGUCAUGCUCGGCAGGCAGUAAAUAUAUAUAUAUAUAUAUGAUUUUUUGAAGCUCCCGCUUUUGCAUGUGUUGACUGUUCUUUCAUGUAGGCCUGUUGUUUUGCUGAAGAGGGUUGAACCUUGUCAUGUGGGAUUCAUUUGUACCAUGUGGCCAUUUAUGGCAUCAACCUUGAGGAAAACAUUAAAAACCUAAUUUGUCUAUGUAGGUGGAUAUUAAAGGUAUUAGCUGUGAUAGAGCUAUGCCUUUUUGGAACCAGACCCUUUGCGAGAACUUGGCUCAAUCUUAUCAAUCUUUUUUUUUUUUUUUCCCUUUGGGACAGUAGCUCCAUUGAAGUACCAAGCCAGAUAUCGCUUGAUUGAGGGGAAAUGUCUAAAAUGUCAACGAGCAAGAUCAUAAAAAAAAAAAAAUACUAUAUUGGAUUUUUAGCAGGUCUUUCACUUGACAAAUCAAGCGUUUUUUUAGCGUUGUAAGUCAUCGUUUCCCACUAAAUUGCUCUUUUAUUGUUAAAACUUGUCCAUUAGCACGUUAGUGCUAACACAAUGAUAAAUUCACACAAACAUGACACAGAUGUCUGUGUGAAAUAUUAUAAGCCAGUACUUGGCAGGGCAGACCAGAUUCAAGUGGCAAACAUGGAAGUAGUACAUGGCACUAAGAAAAACUUGUGGACGCUUUGCAUCUUUGCAUUUCUUAGUACUUGGAAAGUGCUAAGUACUAACCAGUUAGCCAAACUAUGUACUAUCGACCAAAGAAGUUUGCGGACCAAUGGAUCUGACAAAAAGCUGAAUAUCUCUGCAGCCUCAAAAAGCAACCUGGUAUUCCCAUUUCCAGCCUCUACUGGUAUAUGCAAACAACAUUGUGAUGUACGGUUUUACUGGCUACUUUUAAAGGCUGCUCGGAUAUUUAGCGUUUUCCGAGAUCUCGUGGUCCGUAAACUUUUUUGGCCGAUAGUACAUCGAGGUCUGACAAGCAUUCGUAUUUCCUUGAAAUCGUCCUGCUUGACUCAUUUUGGUUUCAUUGUUAGCUGACUGUCAUCAACCCAUUCUAGCACCAACUUAGUGACAAAAAAAAAAAAAAAAUGCGCACAAAGCAGCGACAAAUUUGUAUGUAGAUAGUGUGGACUGGACCAUAUGUGAAGUGGCACAAGUGAGCACCGUGUGCACGCAGCGCAACUUCCGUUGCCAAAAGAGUCACGCUGUCCGCAUCAUAGAAGGAAUCACUUUUCACAAUUUUUAUCCACGUGGAAGUGGGAGUGAUGUAAAUAAGUCAUGGGGUGAUGCAAACACUUGUCUGUAAAGAAGGCAUAGUGAAAUAGUUUUUAUUUAUUCUAAUGUUUCACAGGCUGCUUUUUUUUUUUUUUUUUUGCUUUCUUGGCGAAUCUGCGCACAAUUUUUUUUUUUUCUUCCUAUAAUAUCGUUUUUUGAGAGAGGCAUUGAGGAAGUGUUUUAGAAAAUGGAAUGUUUGUGUGUUCACUUGUCCGAAAAUUCCGAGUGACUGUCAAGCCAUUGACUAUUACCAUUCACCACUGUUACCAUGAAGCUUUCCGUACAGGAGGAACUUGAUACGAGUCUCUUGGGUACCUCAGGACUUCAUGUCAACCAAAAUUUGUGGUCUAAAAAAAAUGUUUGCCAAGCUAAAUACAAAAUGCUCAGGUAUUUGCUUUCUAAUUGGGACGAGAGAAUUAGUAUAAUUCAGUCUUUUUGGGUAUCUUGAUGCUUAACACCAUUUAACUGCACUAGGAACAGCAUUGGUGCAGUCACUACUGUAGUUGUGGCUUUGCAAAUAUUUUUAAUCAGUAGAAAACAUUGAAAGCUUCUUGUAUGUAUAUAAAACUGGGGCAUUCAUUAUUUGAGUUAAAACAAUUACUAGAUAACUUGUGGUGAUUUUUUGCCAUCCAGCACAGCCCUGUAUAACAUAUUCACUGCAUCCCAAAAUGUGACCUUUCGGGCGAAAGAUAUCUUGGCCAAGGUUAAGAAAAUAUCAGCAUUGAUUGUGUCAUUGUGAAUCUAUUAUUCAUUGCACUAUUUCAUUGACGUAUUUCUCCCCAAAUUGAGAGUACCUGUGCCUGCUUUUGAUCAUAUGCAUUGCUAGAAGCCAACAUUGGUUACGUAACUUGGCUCCUUUCACACCACGCCUGCUUCUAGGGUGCUUGAAUGACGGGACAGCUUGCACAGGUGCCCCCUUUGUGUCAUUUUCAUCUAUCUAGUUGCAAGGGUAACAGACAGCAUCAUGCACCUGAUGACAAUGCCGCUCUCUAGUUGUUUGCGGCAUGUUUCAUGUCCAUGAAAUUUCUGAGGGAAGAGCGUUUUACAGACUUUUUAUCUUUUUUAAUGUGUGUAUAUAUGUGACAUGGGUAACCAGCAACAUUGGAUUGUUUUUGUUCUUGUGCAAUUCUGUCAGAGAUGGCAGAUUUAAGUUCAAUGCAAAAAGUGUCUGGAGACCUCAAAUGUGACUACAGUAACUGUAGAAAGUAUAUGCUUGAUGGCCCAUAAACAAGGAAGACAAGUCUAUGCAGUCGACAAAGUCGCACGGGAUGACUACAAGGCAUGUAGCAUUAGUGAGUGCCUAAAGGAUAGUAACACUGCUUCUUGUUAAGCAUGUAGCCUUUUCCAAAUCAGUGUGUGAGUGUCAGCUGGAAGUGUGCUGCAUUUUCGGCUCCUGUGUUGUCACAGAGCUAUAAAAUCGAAUGUGCAGUCUGUUCUACUUGUGAACAGAGACCCAACUAAGUAACUUGCCACCUUCUGGCCAGCCUUGGGCUAGUCUGCCAUAAAGACAUAUGGGUUGGUUGACAUGGUAACGAAAAAUAACUUGGAAGGCACACACUCGACAAUAAAAGCGAGAUGGCAUUCGUGUCAUGCCUUCAUUUUUUGUCUCCACCCCUUCCCCGUUUCUUUUGGACGCGACAGUUUACCUUACUACUACCAUGAGGUGCAUGUAUUGCACUUAAUGGAUGAUGAAUUCGAAAUAUGCAUGCCUGUUGCGCUUUUUUCAUGAUAAUGCAAUGUUCGUAACAAUCACUGCAAAGUUAUUUCUCUUGAAAUUGGUACCUGGAUGCCUCUGCAGCUAGCUUCGCUAUGCAUUAUUUACUCUAAGGAAAUGGCCGCUUGUAAAAGCAUGAGAUUGAGGAUGCCCUAGAGACCACAAAUGUUUCUCUUUGCAAUUUUUUUUUUUUCUUGCUGUCACUUAUGCGCUAUAUUCACUGGCAUCAAAGGCAACGCAGCUUCUUUCUAAGGGUGUACAACACCGCUGCUGUUGUAGAGAGUAGCAUAGUUGAUGAGGAUGUAACUUUGAAAAAUAAAGUGCGGGCAACCACAGUGCGUGGUUGGGACAUGUCGUUCUGUCUCGCAUGGCACAGGAAUACUGCUCGCGAAAUGUCAUAUUUUGUGGUUUGUACCAAACUUGACUGGGUGGCUACGAGCAAACAUGUUGAUAACAUUACGAUGUGAGGUUUCGAGAGGACACCAAACUGUUCGCAUUGUGCAUGAGCGUCGUAGGCACAUCUGGUCACUAUCGAAGCCUGGCAAGGCCAUUCCAAUACCUGCUGUAAGAGUUUCAGUAGUUUUGGUUGGUGGCUAGAGUACACAAUGAGCCAGUGUGAAAGGGAACACAAGAUUUGCUUUCAACACCUGUUUUUCUUUUACGUUGAAGCCACUGAAGUGCCACAGCACAGAUUCUUCAUCACAUUACCUGUGUUGCUGGUAGUGGCAAGUGACGUUUGAACUUACUUGACUGUAGGAAUCAUUAUUUGAUCUUGGAUUCAGUGUUCCUGUUCAUUUUGCAUUGGUGCAAAAUGUACAAACUGCCAUAUGCAGUGUUGGAGGGACACAACCUCUGGCUUUUAGCAGCCAUCAGCAGCACAAAACAAAGAUUACACUUUAUUCAACCUGUAGACGUGUUGAAGUGUUUAUUUGAUUGCCCAUUUCAAGUGGCUCUCUAUGGUUCAUAUGUUAGUGCUGCAAAGUUGACGUCAUCGUCCUCAUUUUGUUUUUGGUUCCUUAUUGAGUGUGAAGGGUGCUUUCUGUGGCACUUGAGAGCUGUUCAUCAUUGCUUCUCUCCCGGUUCUCCCGAUGUUGAACACUCACCUGUAGCUUAUAUACUGGCAGUAGUGGCCCACUGUGACGACCAAGUGAUGUGCGCUAUAUGUGUUUGUUUUUUUUGUUUUUUUUUU